AUUUAUUUUUCUUAAAAUCUAAUUUAGAUGGCUUUGUGGUCAAGAGUGCAACAGCUUCAUGAUGAAGCUCUUCAGCAAGUGGGCCAAUUUUAUGGUGAAAGUUUUCCUAUAGAAGUUCGUGCUUCCCUUGCUCCAUGGAUUGAAGAACAACACUGGAGUGAAUUGGAUCCUGAUAAUCCACAACAUGACACUUAUUGUGCUCAAAUAGUGAACUCUUUGUUUCAUCAGUUAGAGCAGAAAAUAUCUGCACCUGAUCAAGAUUUUUUGAUGAGAAUGAAACUAACUGAAGCAGCUAAUGAGUUUAGGUCAAAGUAUAGUGGACAUCCUCAGCAGUUAGUUCGAGUGGUGAAACAUUGUCUUCAAAAUGAAAUGAGAAUUGUUCAGCAAGCAGAACAUUUCUUAAGAGGAGUUGCUGGUGCUAUGCAACUCCCUCCUGAUCCAACUCAAGAAAUAAACAUGGCCUUAGAAAAACUGAGGCUUUAUACUCAGGUAAGAAUUAGAGCUGUGUGGGAAAUUAACAUGGCCUUACAAAAACUAAGGCAUUAUACUUGGCAAACAAGCGAUGAACUUCGAAAAAUUAUUCAAGGUCAAGAAGCAUUUGUUAUACAGUAUCAAGAAAGCUCAAAGCGACAAGCACAACUCCAAAUGACACAAAAUCAAGAAAUAAUUGCAAAACUGACGAAAGAGAAGGAAAUGUUUGACCAGAGUAUACGGGCAAAAAUACAAGAACUACUUCGUAUAAGAAUGACAAUUCUUGAUCAAUAUCAAAAAACAUUUAUGGAGCUCAGUGAACUUCAAAAAAGGAUUCUGGAUACUGAAUUAAUAAGAUGGAAAAGAGGUCAGCAGUUAGCCGGCAAUGGAGUUCCUUUUGAAAAUAAUCUUGAUCAAAUACAAGAAUGGUGUGAAGCCCUGGCUGAUAUUAUCUGGCAAAAUAGGCAUCAAAUAAAACAACUUGAAAAUAUAUGCGGUCAAGUCCCCAUGAAUGCUCACGGACAAGUUGUUGUAGAUAAUUUAAUAAUGUUGAAUACUAGAAUCACUAAUUUACUUUCUUCACUUGUUACAAGCACAUUUAUUAUAGAAAAGCAACCUCCUCAAGUUAUGAAGACAAAUACUAGAUUUACUGCUACGGUGAGACUCCUUGUGGGCUCUAAAUUAAGUGUUUACAUGACUCCUCCUCAAGUCAGGGUUACGAUCAUUAGUGAAUCACAAGCCAUUGCCCUAUUAAAGAAUGACAAAGUUGCUCCUGGUGAUGCGAGUGGUGAAAUCUUGAACAAUUCUGGAACUAUGGAAUAUCAUCAAGGCACCAGGCAACUCAGUGUCAGUUUCAGAAAUAUGCAAUUAAGAAAGAUUAAACGAGCUGAGAAGAAAGGCACUGAGUCUGUGAUGGAUGAAAAAUUUUCCCUGCUUUUCCAAUCUCAAUUUAAAGUUGGAGGUGGUGAACUUGUAUUUCAAGUUUGGACUCUAUCCUUGCCAGUUGUUGUUAUUGUUCAUGGUAAUCAAGAACCACAUGCUUGGGCCACUGUUACUUGGGACAAUGCUUUUGCUGAACCUAUACAUGCUUUUCGGGAUAUAUUUGGCAAAAUACAACAUUUGGGGCGAGUACCGUUCCAAGUACCAGAAAAAGUCAGCUGGACUGAGGUGGCAGAAGUACUUAGUACAAAAUUUAAAUCCGCCACUGGUCGAGGAUUAACUGAAGAUAAUCUGCAAUUUUUAGCUGCUAAAGUUUUCAGAAGUUCCCAGUUCCAAGAUUACUCCAUGAUGGUGACUUGGUCCCAGUUUUGUAAAGAACCUUUACCAGAGCGUGGAUUUACAUUUUGGGAGUGGUUUUAUGCAAUUAUGAAAGUUACACGGGAGCAUCUUAGAAACUUGUGGAAUGAUGGUCACAUAAUGGGUUUUGUCGGAAGAACACGGACUGAAGAAUUGCUUUUGAAGAAAUGUAAUGGCACAUUUUUGAUCAGAUUCAGUGAUUCUGAGCUUGGUGGAGUUACGAUUGCUUGGGUUACGGAUUCUCAACAAAGAGAGGGUCAAGAGAUCCUCAUGGUGCAGCCUUUUACGAGUCGAGAUUUUGUCAUAAGAAGUUUGGCUGACAGGAUUUAUGAUUUAAAAAAUCUGCAAUUUUUAUAUCCUGAUAUACACAGAGACCAAGCAUUUGGCAGAUACUAUACACCUUAUUCAGAAAACCAACCACCGACUGUAAAUGGAUAUGUUCGCCCUGUUCUUGUCACUCAAAUUCCUGGAUGGUCAGGCUCCUGUGGCUUUGACAGCUAUCCAGGUACACCACAAUCCUCUGUUCUGCAAUCUCCCGAACCUGGAUACCAUGAUCCGCAUUCAGAUAUGCAAACUGGAGCUGCGAUCACCGAAGUGGACUAUGACCUUAUGAACAUGGAGUUCUCAUCUGAAAUGGAUGAUCCUGUAGAUUUCUCUUGCAUCAACGUCAAUGAUUUGAUACAGUAUCCAAAGUCAACCUGAAAAUGCCAAAAAAAAAAAAAAAAAAAAAAAAAAUCAUAACUGAUAGUCACCACUGUUAUUUUUCCAUAGCUUACUCAGCGUCCGGUAAAUAGAAGUGCAUUCUGGUUGUUCUUUGGCACUGACAUCUUUAUGGACAUCUCUUUUGAACUAGUGCAUGCAGUAAUAUAUUUUUAAUACAUAAGGAUGGGUUUAUAAAGUGCCAAUCAUUAUUUGUUUACUCUAAUUUUAAAUCUAUAGAUUGGUAGACUAUAUACUAUAGACUAAUCUAUAAACUUGGUAGAUUGAUUUGAAAAAAUGCUUUAAUUUCGGGCUGCUUAUUAUUACUAAAAUUAUAUUUUGCAUUUCUUAAGUCAUUUUGUUUGUUAAUUAGGUAGUACUGCACGCGUUAGUCUAGUAUUGGCAUCAGAUUUUAACAAAAUUUUGAAGGGUGUUAGGAACCUUUCCUGGAUCAAUUAAAUUAGCUAAUUAAUCUUUUCCUGAAUCAUUUAAAUUAUUUAAUUUUUUCCCUCUGAAUCAAUUAAAGGGAACUUUAAUUUCACUGCUAAUGCUGAGUCUAUUGGAAACUUGUCGAAUUCCGAAACAGUCGGCUCAAAAAAAUGUGGAUCCGUUUAAAGUAAGAUUUUUCAAUUAAAAAAGAUCUCGCAAUGUUCGUAUUUAAUUUAUCAAAAAUCAAACCCAUUUACAAAAUUGUAAUUUUUUCCCUUAGUAUGCAAAAAUCCAUAGUUUAAACGUUGAGUUACAUUUUUUUGCUGGGAAUUUGCUAUAGUAAGAAUUCAAGAUAGGUGUUUUUUUUUCUUCUUAAAAUAAUUUUUUUUUUGUAGUUUUGCAUACACAUGCAAAUAUAUCAAUGUUGAAAAAAAGUUUUAAAAAUCAUUAUACAGUAUUAUAUGUCAUGAUUUAUUUCAUUAUACUCAAUCUUUUUGUACAUAAAUGCAAAUAUUAUUCGUACAUGCAUAGAGGAAAAUGGUUGGGUAUAGUUUUUGAAAUAUUUUUUAAAAGUUACAAUCCAUUAUAAUAAAAAAGUGUCAAUGGAUCUUGUAGAAUUGACAUCCCCUGUCUUAGCGUGUUAAUAAAUUAGAUUCAAAAUUUUUUAUGAACCCAUUCAUAUGUCAUAGUGUGAUUUCAUUUAUCCUACCUACUAUAUCAAAGUAUAGAUUCAUUUGUUAAUUUUGCAUGGUUGCUUCUGACUCAAUUUACAAAUAUACAGUAAAUAAUCCGAACCUGUCCAGUUCAAGUCAUUAUUUUUGUACUCAUUUUAGAUCAUUAGUGGCGAACUAGCAAUCAUUUUAGUGAUAUACAUAACAUUAAUUUUGAGGAAA